CGCCUCGAUUGCGAUUGCUUUGAUUUUGAUUUUUCGCAGCUUAAGCGGUCCACAAGACAACCACAGCCACAUUCGUACCUCCGCAGCAUAAAAAGAAAGAAGCGACAUGUAGUAGCUUACUUUUCCCGGAAGCAGAAUUCCCCGCGCUUGUAUGUAGUAGUGCAAAACCACCAUGGUCAAUUUCUUUUCGCGCGGCCCGUCCGCAGCACAGGCUGCGACCAGCUCGACGUCCGGAGGACCUUCGAUCUUGCCGGCGCACACCACAACGCCCGUCGAGCUGAACGUCGACAAAGUGGCCAAGAUCCACCAGACCCACUUCACCGGCCGCAAUGCGCGGAGAGGGAGAACCACUGCGAACAACGCGGCGUUGAUUCCCCCGGCUGUCACGAACAGACGAGGACAGCAGCAGCAGCAGCAGCGGGAUCUCCUGGCAGGAGGUAAUACAACAAAUCCUGCGCGCGAUAAUACUACUUUCGCGACCACCCCCUCCCCCCGGGAUGUGGAAUCUGACAAGAAGGCCUUCCAAGAAAUUCUCAAGCUUUUCACCACAACCACAAUAUUACCACAACUCCUCAUCACCGCAACAAAAGAUCCCCGCGGCCCGGGACAGCAGCAGUUUUUCCAAUUCAUCGAGCAGUUAACCGAAUUGACCCGGUGGUUCGGCAACUACGCCUUUGCUGCAACGAGAGUUGAGGGGAGGUUGGCGAUUGCGGCAUUGGUAAAUUUCAGGAAGGUGGUGUUUCAAGCGUGUAGUAGGGAGAUGAAUUCUGCUGCUGGUGGGGAAGUGAAUAAUAACGCUGGUGAGCAGCCCGCAGGUGCUGGGGACGUCAACAUGGACCAGGCCGGAAUGAAUGCAGGUAACAAUGCAACAAAUGCAACAACUUUAGCACGAGCAAAACCAACCACCGCUUCGUACCUCCUCCCACCCGCGGUGCAGUAUCUUUACCAAAUUUCCUUCAUCGCGUCUGCACAGUUGGCCCGAUUAGCGCUGAAGCAGAACAUGCCAAACAUUGUCUCAGAUCACAUCGAAAGAGAAGCACCGAACAAAUUCACAGCUUUGUGUGGGAUGAGUUUGAUGUCAUCCGGAAGGAAUGCGAACAAUCUUGCAGCAGAACAACCCACAAACACUUUCGUCCACGCGGUCGAUUACUUUCUCUACCACUACUACGCCGGGAACUGCUAUCUGUUGCUGAAAAACUUCGAACGCGCGGAGGUGAUGUUUCGGCAUUUGAUGCAGUCGUGUCAGUUGUCUUCCGGGAUGCUCUCCGGGAGACUAGGCGGUGGAAACAACGGGAAGUCAUUUUUCUCCGAUAGCGGGUUUUCGCCAAGUAGUUUUUACAACCGAGGGAUGAUCGGAGGAAGUAGCGGGACAAAAGACGGGAAAAAUGCGUCGAAUGGAAAUGCAAAUGCAACAAACAGCAAGUCCGGUGCAAUCCGAAAGACUUCGAAGAAGCAGUCUGCGUCCUCGUCGUUGUUCCAAACCGCGGGCUCGUUAUUCGGGUUUGGGGGAUCUAGUGGAUCAACGAAAAAUACCACUAGCAACAACCCAGAGACCACGACUGGCGUACGAUCGAAAAGGAAUGACGGGAGUGGAGGUCCUGCUCCCGAUGUCCCACCGGGAGCUGCCGUAAACAGUCCCUUCUCGGUCGGCCAUUUAGCGGAAGACGCGUUGCUGAAGUUCUGGCUGUUGCAGUUAGUGAAUUUGGACUUUCGCUUGCUGUUUUCCAAAUUCUUGUCGGAGCGAAAGCAGUUUAUGGCAGAUAGAAAAGCGAAUAAAAUAGCAGGAGCUGCUGCAGCUUCUUCUGAUGACAAAUCGAAAAAGAGGAAAAGGAAGGCGAAAGCAGCGAAGGCAACGACAGUCGCUAGCGCUUCCGCAAAUUCUUCGACUGGAUCGGUGUUGGUUGACACGUUUUACCAGAAAGCGGCGAAACGGGGGGCGAAGCAGGCAGCUGCGGAUAUGGUCGUGAAUAAUAACAGCAGUAGUGCUGGAAUCAUGAAAAGUUCUUCCUUUUCGUCUUCCUCCUCCUCGAAGGGUAAAAAGAAGAAAAAAGAACCCGAACAACUCCACCUCAGCCUCAUUCCGCACAUGAAAAUCAGCAUAGGGAACUCGAUUUCAAAAAACCCAAAUUUGCUGUGGAUGCUGAAGAUCGUGUAUGGUACGACGAAUAAUACGGGGAACACUAACGGUGCGAAGGGAAACAAUGCAGGAGGUUCGGGAAACAAGCAGAACAAGGACCGCGGGGCACCAGGUGGUCCACCUCCGUACGGAGGUACUUACGGGCUGCGAGACCACGAGGAGGAGUCAUUUAAGCAGCAGUCCUGGUACAGCGGGAUGAUGGGACGGUCGGCGGCAAGAUUCGGCUCCGGAGCUGCUGGUGCGCAAAGUACUUCUAUCAGGGAGAAGAAUGACAGAAGAAACAGAGACUGGAGCCCAACUGGGAAUAGUAGAGACAGACCGGACAGCGCUCGUGAAAAGGGAAGGGGGAAAAGAGGCACUGGGAAUAACAGUACUAGAAUGGGCCCACCCGGAGUGCCGGGUUCUACCAGCGGAGGACAAGGUGCUGGGUCUUCAGCAGCUGGGAACAAUAAUGUUGACGGAACUUCUACACAACAGCAGCAAGAAGGUAAUAACGCCACGAAAGGAGACGGCAGUAGUUCAAGUUCUCUCUCCACCAUCAAUUUCUACCAAAAGCUCGAGGAGCUCUUUGAGUACCCGUGGGAAAUCGAGCAGCUCUGUCACAUGAUUUUCGCCAAGUAUUGUGACCAUUUCCACAAAUUGAUCCGGGUGGUGCAUGGAAUACCAAAAGCACUAACAGUCAUUUUAGAAGCUUUGAUCGAGAAAUCCCGGACCUUCGUUUGCUACCUCCUCGCUUUCAUCUACGAAUCCUGCUCGGUUCGGAUCCACGUAGCCAGGAAGAUCGCGAUCGUUGGGAGGCGGUUUAAAGGAAUACAGAAUUCGGUGCGGUUUGUGCUGAAGGCGAAUGAAAGCUUGUGUGGUGCUGGCGAGGAGGAAAAUAACGGAAGUUCUGCGGGUGAGAAUGGUAAAUUAGCGGCGAAAAAUUCGGUGCUGAAAUCUUCCCCGGGAACGGAUUUGAGGGACGUAAAUAAAAACUCGAAGAAAGGAACUGGCAGCUCGUCCAGCCUUUUCCCCUCCGCCAUCACAAAUUUGUUUUCCCGAGGAGGAGGCAGUGCCGGUUCUGGUCAGCAACUACAGCAGGAUGAGCGAAACCAAGAAGCUACAGGGUCUGCUGCAGCGUCUUCUUCUAGCAGCUCCGCUGUUGCACCAGCUGCACCGGGAGGGGAACCAGAGCAGCCUGAACAAGCAGGGAACAAAGACAGUCCGGGGAGUAGUAAAAACUCCAAUUCACCGGGUAAGAAACAGCAAAUCGGGAACAACCAACAGAUGAUCUUCGCUGAUGGGAGGAUGUCCACACCACCGCGCAGGAAUUUUGAGAAGCGGAAUGUUAGAGUUCCGGAAGAAGAGGUGAUGCAGAAUGAAAACGAAGGAGCGCGUCGGGUUGUCGAUGAGGAGGACGUCGGCAACGACGAGGAGUUGCUAGACAGUUCUGAUGGAAAUAACGAUAACGAGGAUCUUCAAAAUGGCGAAAAUUAUGACAACCUCGAAGAUGAGGAUGACGACAUGGGGGUCGUGGUAGAACAAGAUGAGCCUCCAAUUGCCGCUACUGCAAGUGGCGCAUCUGACAUGACGGCGAAUCCCAGCUUGGUACAUCCUGCGAAUUCAGCAUUACAACCGGAGGGGGAGAUGAUGAAUAUUGUGGAUCCGAUGGAAGUGGAUACGGGGAUGUUGAACAACACGAAUUCAAAUUCCUCGCUUUCAGAAGAUAACGCGCAGGGCAGAAACGGGGCGGAUGGAGGGACAAGCAGUAGACCAGGGCCCAGGUAGGUGGAAGUUGUUGCGAGUACUUCAGGUAGCUUUGGUAGGCAUGGAGUUAUUUUGUGCGGUCGGUUUUGGUCGUGUUAGUUGAGUUGUGCGUUGAUGUGCGGUUUCAACAUCCAAAACCAUUUAUCACGAAAAUCAAAAACAGAAACUCCCGCGCAAAAUCGGGAAAGCGGAUGCGCGACGCGGAAAACGCGACAGGGAAAGGAGAAGCAGCCGCCAGGAGAAGGAAAAGGAAUCAAUCGGCUGAGGAGGUACUUCUAAAUGAUGUAAAAUUUGUGAUGCAGCAUGCAGGUUGAGGUUCUGUUUUGCAUUGCUCUAAUUGAAUUAGCGAGGAACAUCUUUCACUCGUGAUCAAGUGGUAAAGGGUAACAUAACUUUCAAAAUCCUAAAACCCUAUCAGAUAAAGACGCUUGCAGCAGCUUCCGGUCGAGCGCGAAGUGGUAUGGCGACGCUGUCUACGACGACGAGAGGCCAGGUCCUCGGGCCGCGCAGGAUACAGCAAAGAACAAGUUCUCUGUCAAAAAUAAAACGGAAAAUCAAAAUCCGGCGAGUUUUGUUGAAGAAACUGCAGUUGAAAUGGACGAAGCAAGCGCACGGGUUCUUGGAUCACCUUGCGCAGUUCGAAGCGGGGCUGAGUGUGGAAAAGGUACUUUGGAUACAUACGACUGUAGUGUUGUUUUGCUUGUUGUCUGUCUGUCGUGCUGUAUCAGCAGGGAAACAAAACAAAUUUGUGUCGCGUGAUCACUUAAAACUGUGCAUGCCAAACACGAUGACCUACAUCUAUCAGGACCCUGCGACAACCACCAGCGUCGCUUCCAUGCCAGAUAACUCGACGCUGAGCGAUUGGGUUCGGCUUCGUAUUCUCUUCAACCCGGAGCAGAUAGCGGAUAAGGCAGUGUUAGGAUCGAAAAUAGUACCGCCGACGGGGCAACAAUUGGUGGGUUGCGAAGCGGACCAUGAGAACUUGCGCAAACAGCGGGAACGGCUCGGAGCAUUGUGCAAGGAGUUGCAAGUGAUGCUGGCGGAGAGUGCUGUCGCAGGGGGUUGAGUAUGUGAGGAAGGGCGAGCGCGAGCGUGAAAAGAAGUAGUGUGGUUGCGUGCUCUACAUUGCUCGUUGUAUCUUUUACUACUUAGCACCACUAGCUCCACGCUUCCCACUGCUGCGAGAGGUCUAACCAAAGUUACAAGGAAAUGCGGAAAACAUGAUCUGGCAAUGAACUCAUGUGAAGCUGCUGCGGAAGUAGCACGAGUGGCAGAAAAUGUAACAGAUACACAGAGUGGCUUUGCUUGUUUUUGUGAACACCAACAAGACCAGUAGAAAGCUCAGUAGCAUCAAGGCGACUUGAAAAGGCAAGUGUUCAC